AUGCCUUCCUUGGAUUCGUAUGAUGGAAUGCGUGACCCAUUUAAUCACAUUGCUACUUUUAAGACUACAAUGCACCUUCAGGGGGUCCCGGAUGAAAUUAUGUGUAGAGCCUUCCCUACCACCCUCAAAGGUCCGGCACGAGUGUGGUUCAGUAAAAUACUCUCAAAUUCGGUAAGUUCUUUCAAAGAGUUGAGCAAGUUGUUCGUUAAUAACUUCAUUGGAAGACAGAGACACAAGCGUUCUUCAUCCAGCCUGUUGACCAUAGAACAGGGGGAGAAUGAAAGCAUGUGGUCCUUCAUCACUCAUUUCAACAGGGAAGCCUUAACGGUGGAUGAGGUGGAUGAUAAGAUACUAUUGGCAGCCUUUCACAACGGGGUUAAUUCUGAUUUAUUCAUCCAUAAGUUUUAUGAGAAGAAGCCUCAAUCCAUGGCUGAACUCGUCCAUUCAACCCAAAACUUUAUGAAUGCUGAAAACGCAAUCAUAGCCAAGAAGAGGAAGAGAGUUGAAAGAAUGGAAGCAAACCCAUGCGUCACUCCGAGCAAGGCCCUCGUCCAAAAAAGGGACAGGCGGAAGAUAAAAAAAGACCGAGAUGGUAAGAGGGCUGGUCCUUUAGCACGGAGUCAACAAUAUACGCCACUGAACAUGCCGCUCGAGCAGAUCCUUAUGCAAAUCAAAGACGAUCCUUCCUUGAAAUGGUCAGAGAAAAUGAAGGGAGAUCCCAAUAAGCGCAAUAGAAACAAGUAUUGCCGCUUCCAUAGAGACCAUAGGCACGACACGGACAAAUGUUACGAUCUAAAACAGCAGAUUAAAAAUCUUAUAAGACAAGGAAAGUUGAGAAAUUUCCUUGGACGAGAGCAUAAGGAUGAGAAGUUGAAAGGGAAGGUAGAAGAGUCGUCACGCCCCCCGCUUGGAGAGAUAAGAGUUAUUACAGGAGAAAGCUCAACCGGUCAGUCAUUUAAGUCCAGGAAGACGUAUCUGAAAGUAGUGCAGAAUGUUCAACUCUCUGGACAAUCUCCAAGGACGAUGACCACGGACGAGCAAGCAAUCACAUUCACAGAUGCAGACGCUGAAAGAGUCCACCACUCCCAUGAUGAUGUCAUUGUUAUUACUUUGCAUAUUACCAAUUAUACAACUAGAAGGGUGUUGGUGGACAAUGGAAGUUCAGCAAAUAUUUUAUAUUAUCCUACCUUUCAACAAAUGAGGCUUGGACGAGACCAACUUUGUCCAGUAAACUCACCCUUGGUAGGAUUCGGUGGAAUGAAGGUGCAGCCUGUAGGCACUGUCACACUACCUGUCGUGGUGGGGGCAUACCCACAACAGGUAGUUAGAGACGUGAAUUUCUUGGUGGUAGAUUGUUCAUCCUCCUACAAUGCCAUAAUUGGAAGACCAACUUUAAAUAGUUGGAAAGCAAUUACAUCUACUUACCACCUGUCAGUCAAAUUUCCAACGGAGCAUGAGAUAUGA